CUAAAGUUCAGUGCUCCACAUCCACACAAAAUUCAAACCACCAAAUCCCUUUCAAUUUCUACGCUCUUCCACCUCCAUCUCCUACCAUUAUCAUUCCUCCAUUCUACAAUUCGUCUCCAGAAAUCAUCGUUUCUGGUUUCGAAUGGGAACCACAUUGUUUACCAUUAACCCAUUUUUCUCCUUCUGUCACCAACCGAACCUUCCUUCUCCCCUUCUUCAUCCCAACUCUUUUCUCCCUAAACCGGUUUCCGCCGUCCAUGGUGGCCAACAGGAAAACCCCAACUUGUCUCCCACGCUGAAUCGGAGAUGGGUUUUGGUGUCCGGUGUUUCUUUGCUUUCUUCUGCGGCUUUGGGGCUGCCUAAGGACUGUUUGGCUGCGGUUAAGCAAGGCCUUCUUGCAGGGAGGAUUCCUGGGUUGUCUGAACCAGAUGAACAGGGUUGGAGGACAUAUCGUAGACCCGACGAGAAGUCCGGUGGGCAUGGAGUUGGAUGGAGUCCUAUUAUUCCUUAUGCCUUUUCAGUUCCACAAGAUUGGGAAGAGGUUCCUGUGUCCAUUGCUGAUCUAGGUGGAACAGAAAUUGAUCUCAGAUUCGGAAGCUCAAAGGAAGGUCGACUGUUUGUUAUCGUUGCACCUGUUCGUCGAUUUUCUGAUGUUAUCGGCGAGGAUGCAACCAUUGAAAUGGUUGGACCUCCAGAGAAAGUAAUCAAUGCAUUCGGCCCGGAAGUGAUUGGAGAAAAUGUAGAAGGAAAGGUAAUCAGCAUGAGCGUGGCAGAGCAUUCUGGAAGAACAUAUUAUCAGUUUGAAUUGGAGCCUCCUCAUGUUAUAAUCACAGCGACAGCGGCCGGAAAUCGCCUCUACCUAUUCAGUGUAACAGCAAAUGGUCUUCAAUGGAAGAGACAUUACAGCGACUUGAAAAGGAUAGCGGAUUCCUUUCGUGUUGUGUGAUGAAAUUGUUUCGAAACUAGUUGGAGUAUGCAUACAUAGUGUGAUUUACAGAACAACAGUUGGUCAAAGCCUUGUGAUGGGUUCCUUUAUGGCGUUAAAGCCUUGAGGUUUUUGUUUAAUUAGUUGCCUUGCAUUAUCAUAUGUUUAUACUUCUUCUAUUUGAUGGCAAACACAUGGCUCUGAUAUACUGAGUUGUAGUUUGUAUCUACCUGAGAGAAUUAAUAUCAUCAUGUAAAGUGAUUGAAAUUGAAGGGUUGAUAAAAAUUUAUAA